GCCGCGGGCCGGGCUGGCACGUGGGGGUCUGGGGGCCAUGGAGGAGGCGAUGCUUGCGGAUUCGGACGGCGGCGCCGAGACGGGAACGGAGUCUGGCUCUCGGGGACGAGGCUGCAGCCUCCGGCACUUUGUCUGUGAACAGAGCCUGCUGUCCCGGCCAGAUGGCUCUGCGUCGUUCCAGCAAGGUGAUACCUCUGUCCUGGCCGGGGUGUAUGGGCCGGCCGAGGUGAAGGUCAGUAAAGAAAUCUUCAACAAAGCCACGCUCGAGGUGAUCCUGAGGCCGAAGAUCGGACUGCCUGGGGUCGCGGAGAAGAGCCGGGAGCAGCUGAUCCGGAGCACGUGCGAGGCGGUGGUGCUGGGGGCGCUGCACCCCCGCACCUCCAUCACGGUGGUGCUGCAGGUUGUCAGUGAUGCUGGCUCCCUUCUGGCCUGUUGCCUGAAUGCGGCCUGCAUGGCAUUGGUGGACGCGGGUGUGCCCAUGCGGGCUCUCUUCUGCGGGGUCACCUGUGCCUUGGACUCCGAUGGGACCCUCGUGCUGGACCCCACAGUCAAGCAAGAGAAGGAGGCCCGGGCAGUCCUGACCUUCGCACUUGACAGCGUGGACCGGAAGCUGCUGAUGUCCACCACCAAGGGGCUGUACUCACAUGUUGAGCUUCAGCAGUGCCUAGCUGCGGCCCAGGCCGCCUCGCAACACGUCUUUCGCUUCUACCGGGACUCGCUGCUGCAGCGCUACUCCAAGAGCUGAGGGACCUGGGGACGGUGCCCUCCACUGCUGCUGCCACCGCCGCCACUCACAGCCUCGGCCACGCAUUGAACCAGAAACCCUGUCCGGCCAGUCUCCGCCCUGCAGCCACAGGGACUCCUGGGGAGAGGCAGCGCAGCCUCAGCGCCCAGGCCCUGGGACAGAGACCCCUACCCAGGGUCCAAUUAAAAAGAUCUGCAGUCA